GGCUAUGAGUACUUCUAGUUUCCUCGCACCCGGCGACCGUAUUUUGGCUGUUAAAUCCUCUGUUGAUGGCAUUGGUUGGAACGAUCUCUAUCGUGAAACACUCGAAAGCUUCGUCGAACGUGUACACAUCAUCACAAUGCACGUCUAUUCUUUCUCAAAAUUCAUCUUCCUUCGGGAGUUGCAAGACAUGAAUUUUGACAUACAAGAAUAUAUCAACAAGGAUUUUUUUUUUAAAGAAGUAUGGCUCUCAUUGGUUAUCGUGAAUUAAUCAAUCGGCACUUGGAUGAUUACCUUACAAUCACCAACUACCAGAGGCCCAACUUUGUAUUUGCUCAGCAAUCUGUUAUAAUCGAAGGCACCAAAGUCUACACAGUUUAUGUCAACAACGCUCAUCUUAGGUUUGGCCAGCACCUUCGACGUGCCGUCAACGCACUACUUCGCAUACGGCAACGAACAGCAGAUUUGAGACGAGAUUUGUCUGCACAAGCGCAGACAUUCAAGCAGGCUAUUUCGCAGCAACCUAUAGAUAUGAAACAAGUCCCUCAAGAGCCUAUUUAUAUGGAAGCUCUUAUCACUCUUCGGCCUGUUUUUGAUGCUUAUGAUAGAGAUUACAACUUUGACGAACAGAGACUUUAUUAUAAUGUCAAGCGUAACCCUGUCAACCACUUUAAGGCCUUCUAUCAACUCUCUCGUCUCUUUGUAUUUCUUGGUUUGCCCAUCUUCAAUUGUUUUCCUCUCCGGCGCUCAUGAUCUCCUUGUUACGUUACUAUCGACAGCAAGAUUCUCUGCCAAAGCAUCCUGGGAAUUAAAUGGUCUAAUGCUGUCGAUAAACUGGACUACUGGCAUCGAGUUGUCAAUCUUGAUUCAAAAGCCCUCAAGCCGCAAGAAGGUGUACAACUUAGAUUCCGUGGCACUAUUCAAACUGAUGGCGUUGACGUCAC